AUGACAUCGUUUUAUGAAGCCGCCACCAGGUAAGCGAUUACCGUGUUUCAGAUUACCGUACUUUUAAUUACUGAGUAAAUUUUAUUAUUUUUUUUGAAAUUUAGAGUCUUUUUUUGGAGGAAAAACAAAUAAAAAAGCAUUCUAAAAUUCUUUUGGUCGAAAACUGCGUAGAAAAGCAUUCUUUUUGUAAAAAUUUGACAAAAGUUUUAUGUACUUUUUGACUCAAUGGUUAAUUAACCCCACCUUGAUAUAAACUUACUGUUUAGUGGUCGAAACUACGAUCGUUUUGCCAUGGACGACCUGGUGGGAGAGAACACCUUGAUCAAGAUGAAACAACACUUCUGGACCGCCAAACAAUUACUGCGCAGUAAAUUGGGCAAGAAGGAAGACGACAACUUGACGGCUUCAGAUGCCGACUUCGACUCCAAGCUGGCUUCGUUUUAUGCCAUUAAGGAUUCGACCAGAGGGUUGAUGGCCAGUCUUGAAGACCUACACCAUUUCUUUUCUAGUACGUUGAUACAGUGUAGUACUGUAAUUGUUAGAGCAGAAAGAAUACGGUAUUCUCACAAUAUAACUAUAACAAACUGAAUAUUGAAGUAAAAGAUGAUAUUGUAGGUCUUCAAGAAAGUAACAAGCACAUGGGAGUGUUGUUGAUAAAGCAAUCGCGGUACCAGAAGUCUCACGUGGCCAAAGCGAUGGAAGCUGUAGGCCAAUCUCAAAGUUAUGCCUAUAAGUACAGGUAGGUAAGAGUAUCUAUGAAGAGUAUUGGGUUUUAGUGGGAACGCCUUGACAACUCUUAUCAAGAUGUACCGUGACUUGGAUGUGUUCUUUGACCGUGCCGUGAAUGACUGUAGCAUUACUGUAGAAGCAGCUGAACGUGCUCGAACAGAGUACCGGGGCUCUUUGUUGUGGAUGAAGAAGUGCAGCGAGGAGGUAGGUUAAGCAAGUGGUUUUACUAUGCUGUAUUAUCAAUUGGUAGAUUCCAUUUUCAUACCAACAUUAAUGUCUUGCUUAAUGUCACGUUAUUGUUCUAGUUGGAUCCAGAAUCCGAACAACUGAUGGACCAAUACCGUACUACCCAGACCAUCUGCAGACAAAACAAGGAGAAGUUCGACCAGUUGAAAGAAGACACAUAUCACAAAACAGACGUACUCAGUGAGUGCAGGACCAGACUGGUACUGGAGACUACUCACAAGUACUUACAAGACAUCGGGGACUACAUGCAGGAGAUGUCCAGGACCUAUGCCCAGGUUCUGGAAGAGCUGAAGGACAUUGACAACUACGAGAUUGAUGUUCUGACGGUAACUUCUUUUUUUAUACCUAUUUUAUUAACAUUAGAUCUUGUAAAGAAAUAUUAUAGUUCAUGUUAAUCCUUUUUCAAUUCGUUAUUUAGAUUCUGAACGACCCCAUGUCAUUGGUGAUGGAGCAGAACAAAAAGAAGCCAGAUCCAGUAUCUAAUAACACACCGUACGUUUAUAUUAUUCUUAAGAUAUAUAUUUACAUGCGUUAUAUCCAUUUUUACGUUUAAACAAUCAACAAUAUUAUCAUCGGUUACAAACGUUUAUUGUAGACUGCCACAACAAGAUGUACCGGUCCAAAAGUCUUCAGAUCCUCCACAACCUGACCUAAUGGGACUAGAUUCAGAAUCCGAGAAGAGUCGACCGGACAGUCCGUUGGGGGAGCUGCCGGAUUCAGAAGCCGACCAGAUCGAAGCCGAGGCCCAGCAGAACUUCGUUGUGGGACCACUGCCCACCUUGUACAGUCAGGAGAACCAACAGUUCCCCAAAAUAGACCCGCCCUCGGGGUGGAUAAGCAAGGUCAAGUCUGGUGCUCAAGACAUUUUUAAUUUGAAUACGAGUAGCGAAGAUGCUUUCCUGCCUUCCGACUUGGUUAACAUGCCGUCCGCGCUUUCUUCCGACUCCCGGAAUACGGUAGGUACAGUAGAUUUUACCAAGAUAAUUGUUUUUACAAUCUGAUUACAUAAAAUGGUAUUUUGUCAGUUUUACUGCCAUUUAAUUUACAAUAGUCAUAAAUGUCAUUCCAGGAAUGGGACAGCUGGCUAAACCAAUUUGAUCCGCUUACACAAACGAAACAACAGAACAGUUCUGAGAUCUGA